AUGCCCGCCGCGACUGGCAUCCCUACCCCGACAUCUCGCCGACCGCGAAACUCGCUGGGUCCCAACGUCGCCGGUGCUAACCCGAGCCCGCGCGCGGACGACACCGAGAGGGAACAGGCUCUGAAAGAUGUCCUUCGACGGAGACCGCCGUCUGCCCUCGGCAAUGGCUCGGACGCCGACUCCCCCAGUCUCGAACGAUCAUUACAGGCUCCUCGCACUCUCCGGCCGAAGACGCCGAACGGUGCGGCCAGUGGCCUCGCGACCCCCUCCUCUCGCCCUGGCAGCAGGCCAUCGCUGAGUGCACGGACAAGUUUAUCUGCGUCCUCUGUCGGGCCUAGCAGGCGCACGUCCCUGGCCGCCGCGGCUGUGACCACUCCGACUUUUAAGCGUCCAGAAAGUCGAGCCGGCGGAAAGUGGUCGCCCGCCGUCGGAGACCGUGUUCGUCUUCCCAGUCACGGCUUCGAGGGCACCGUUCGCUACCUCGGCGAAACCCACAUACGCGACGGUAUCUGGGCUGGAGUGGAACUCGAGGGCCUGUUUCAAGGCAAGGGACGAAACGAUGGAAGUGUCGAUAACGUCCGAUACUUCGAUUGCGCUCCUAACUGUGGUAUCUUCGUGCAAGCGGAGAAGCUCGCCCCGCCGACGUCAACUAUGGCAAGUAGUACUUCUCGCCCUGCGUCCGCCGCCAGCCAUCGAUCGAAUUACUCGCAGAGCGGACGAAUGACACCCUCCCAGUCUGGACGGAUGACACCGUCACAGAGUGGACGAAUGACACCCUCGCAGAGCGGGCGCAUGACCCCUUCGCAGAGGCGCGCCAUGACUCCCAAUUUUGGCCGCCGGGCGGACGAUGACAGCUCAACGUUGCGCUCAAACGCGGCCCGUGCUGCAGAGGCCAAGAUCACUGCGGGAUCAAGGGCGAGCAAGUACAUUGGUGUAACGGCCAAGCAGCUCGAAGCCAAGAGCGGCGCUGGGCUGGCGUCGAGCACGUCCGGCAUUGCGACUCCGAAGGCGAGCAAGAUUGGCGUCCCGUCGACGACGCCGAUCAGCCGGGCGCGGCCCAGCAUCGGCGGUGCACUCGCGACACCAAAGGCACGCGGUGCCCGACCUAGUGUCGUCGGAGGAACCGCGGCCGAGAUGAUGCCCCCGCCGCCAUCACCGCAGAUCAAGCAGCACCCUAACGCGAUCCCCAACACACAGGCUCUCGAGGAGGAAAUCAAGGAGCUGAAGCAGCGGAAUGCGGAGCUUGAGGCGGCCAACGAAGCGGCCGAGGCCGCUGCCGCUGAGGCGAAGGCUGCCGCCGCCGAAGCCAACGAAGCUGCUGAGGCGGCCAAGUCUGCGCCUGCUCCUGAACCUGCCGAGCCGGCCGAGGACCACUCGGCGCGGCUAGCGGAGCUCGAGGCGGAAGUCAAGGCCGCAAAGGAGGAAGCCGAGUCUCUGCGGAAGGAGCUUGCGGAGUCAAGUGGCAGCGCGGCCGACAGCCGGCGGCAGAGCGAGCAGCUGCGCGAGCAACUCCAGGCGGACAGCAGCAAGCUGCAGCACGAGCUGGACGCCAAGGUCAAGGAGCUGGAGGACCUGCGCGGCGAGAUGACUCUUGCUGCCGAGCGUGCGGCCAGCGAGCUCGACGCGGGUAUGGAGGCCAAGCAGGCUGAGGUGCAGAAGGUCGAAGAGCGGGCUUCUGCUGCCGAAUCCGAGCUCGCCGAGAUGAAGAAGCUCGUCGACGAGCUUACUUUGGCUGGAAACCUCAAUGAGAGCAAGCAGAUCUCUUUCGAGCUGCAAAUCAAGGAUCUCGAGGAGAAGCUUGCCAAGGCGGAGGCUGCGUCGUCCUCUGCCGGCGCAGCUGGUGGAGCCGACGGCUCGCCUCGCAGCGCCACCGCCGCCGAGAUCGACAACGAAACGCUCACUGCGCAGGUGAAACACCUACAGGGCCGCAUCUCCUCGCUCGAGGAGCAACUGGACGAGGCGCGCGGACAGGCGGACGAGAACUCGGACGCCUGGCUUGCCAAGUACAACAAGGUGCGCGAAGGCGAGGGCAAGUUAGCCUCCGAGCUUGCCAGCCUCAAGACGGACCUGAAGGCCGCGCAGGCGGAGACGGCCGCGCGCGACCAGCGCGUGACAGAGCUGCAGGGCGCGCUGGCCGAGAAUCAGUCCGCGCUCGAGGAAGCGCGCGCCGAGAUCGAGCAGUUGCGGAAGGACGCAGCCGAGGGCGAGGGCGACGCAGCGCGUCUCUCCGAGGUAUCGACCGCGCUCGAAGCGGCGGAGAAGAAGAUCAAGGAUCUCGAAGCGGACGCCAAGGCGCGCGACGGCAACGAGGCCAGUAUCCGGGGCUACCACCACAUUGUGUCCGAGAUGAAGAGCGAGAAUGCGUCGCUCAAGGCCGAGCUCGCGUCGCUGAAGGAGGAGCUGAAGCUGCAGCAGGAGCUCGACGGCGAGGACGCGGCCGGUGGUGGAGCUGGCGACGCCAAGCUGCGCAAGCAGGUGCAGACGAUGGCAGACACGAUCAAGGAGUACGAGCGCGAGGUGUCCGAGCUCGAGAGCCUGGUCGAGGCCAAGAUCUACCGCGAGGACGAGCUCGAGACGCAGCUGUCCGAGCUGGAACGCCAGCUCGAGCGCGUCAAGCGCGGCGACGUGCGCUUGUCCCAGUCCCUCCGCCCGCCCACGAACGGGUACGCCAACGGGCACAAGUCGCCGUCCAAGUCGCCUUCCAAGCCUCCCCCGCCUGCCGCCUCGACGCAUACGCGCACCGACAGCGCCGCCUCGGUCUCGUCCGUCGCCUCGGCUGCUAGCGCCGCGUCGGGCGCCAGCGCGACGUCGGACAGCAGCAGAUGCGAACUCUGCGAGGGCCCGCACGAACUCGACGCCUGUCCCGUCUUUGCGGGCAGUCUUGAUACGCCCAAGACGACCCCGGGCAAGAAGGGCAAGUGGUGCCUUGACUGUGAGAGCAGCGCGCACAAUACAGAGGAGUGCCCCAUGGCCGACGACGUGUUCUAG